AUACGUUGUUGUUUUCUAUAAGCAUGAAGAUGAACAACAAUGUGACAGGGCGAGAAGUCGACAUGUUGAGUUCACUCCCAGAUGAUAUCCUGACCAAAAUACUCUCUUGUCUCCCUAUCAAUUCCGCUGCUGCUACUUCCGUUCUAUCCACCAGAUGGCGUCACCUCUGGACCGGAGUCACCAGCUUUGUAGUCUUGUACGAAACCGGCAAAGACGCCCACGACAACGACAUCCUUUUUUUACAAAAACUCGUAAAGCUGACCUCUUUGAAACUGCAUAACUUUCAUAUUGAAUUGAAAUCUGUAUCUAUUUAUUGGAGACCAAAUAUAAGAGAUCAAAUGUCAUUCUUCCAUGAACUUUGCCGUCGAGAUGUGGAGAACAUCAAUAUUAUCUGCCCCGGUGAGAACUAUAGUUUCUUUCUUUGGGUGCCGGACUUUCUAUUUAAAACCAAAUCUCUGGUGAGUUUAAGUUUGUGUUUCGUGAGUAUUAUGGUUGAUAUGAUUGAAAACGUAGAUAUUCAACUUCCUAAUUUGAAGAAACUUCAUUUGAACCAUCUUUCGCACAUCCCUCCUUGGUUGGAAACUCUGUGCAGGUGUAGCCCUGUGUUGGAAGUUUUAGAUUUAAAGUUUAUAUUAAUGGACCAUAGUAUUAUUGAUACAGAUUUUGUUUAUGUUGCGAAUAUAUUUGGUACCAAUUUGAAGUCAUUGAGGAUAGAGACUCAUCAUAACUACUACAACUUAAGUACACAUCGCAACAAAUUCUUGAUUGAUGCACCCAAAUUGGAAUACCUGACUGUAGUUGAUGGCUAUUCAUGUUAUUACUUGACCCAAAUUCCAACUACAUUACUGGAAGCAUCAGUUGAUUUGACCACAACUACAAGUGCGUAUGCAAUGGUAGUUGGAGAAGAUGAUGAUUAUCGUCAAGACAUGGCCAAGUUUGUUAGAAGAAUGUGUAAUGUUAGUAACAGACUUGACUUAAGACUAAAGAGAAACUCGAAUAUAAUGGGUUACCUUGUAAAUCAUGGACUUAUGUUUGGUAAUCUAGCAACUCUUAUAUUGGAUUUGGAAGAGAUUGGUCUGAUUGUGUGGAAGGAUUUGCUACUUUGUUUGCAAUGUUUUCCCAACUUAAAGAAUCUUGUGGUGACACAUUGGCUACAUGAUGUUGCUCCAGUGGAGAACAUAAGUUGGUAUGCACCAAGUGAUAAACCAGCAGAUUGUUUGGUGAAUAAACUCAAGAGAAUAGAUAUACUUGGAUUGUUUGGGUUAACUUAUGAGCUUUGUUUAAUAGAGUACCUUCUAAGCAAUGCAACUGUUUUAGAAGAAGUUUACAUAGGAGUUGAUAUCCUAGAUGUCGAUGAAUCUGAAGAAGCUCGACUAAGUAGGGGAUGGCAUUUUUGUAAGUCCUUGUUCGACCUUCCAAGGGUAUCUUCAACUUGUCAGAUUACGUUUAGAACUGUUGAUAUGUUAGCAUUAAGUAAUGACUACAAACAUGGAAUUCUUGGAUAUCGAUCAACAAGUUAACAACCUAGCUUGAUUGACCAUUGCCACUUUAUUUCUUUUCUACAUGUAUAAGUAUUAUCAAUGUUAGCAUUAAUGUUUCUACAUCUCAGUUGAUUUUUUUUAUAAGUUUCCAUAAUUUCCAACAGAAGCUAUGUAGAUCUCAUGUUUGCUUUUCUCCUCUGUUUUAAUAUUUUUCUUUAAUCUUCUUAGGUUGACUAUAACACAUACAUACUACAUAGUACG